AUGAUCCAGAAGGAUGAUCUGGUGCUGCUCUGGCGGACGGAGCUGGAGAAUGAGAGUGCUCAACCGCAGGAGAUCGUUCAUCCUGAAGAACUAAAUACAGGCCUCACUCUCGGCAAAUAUCAUCUCGACCUUCUGAAGCCGUUCGUUUCACGAUCAGAAGAUGGUCUAGAAGAGGCACAGCGGCUGGCGCGCCGAACAUCAGAGCAACACGCAGAAAUUGAGGCCAUCAUGAAAGAAUACCGGAAGACGAAGUGGGACCGUCAAACCGGGAAAGACCUCAAAUUGCUGUGGGCAGUCAGCACGGGGAACGACAAGGGCCAGGAUCGAACUAGGGCUGGUGAUGACUGGUAG